AUGAGCACAGAGAAUUCACCCCAUGGAGAGGCUCAAGGCCAUGAUGAUCGGUGGAGAGAGCUUUUUCCUAUGCCUCUCUGCCCUGAAGUUCCGAGAGAGGCCGGGCUGUCGGUGAGUGCGCGUAGACGUCGAGCUGCCGUCCGUUCUAGAGUGGACUCUGUUAAUUCAAUCAUCAGAACCUUGAAUGAGAUGUACUCUCCUAGCCGAGAUGGCGAUUUUUCACAUGGUUUCGUAAGGACUAGAGCACAAGAGGCAUGUCAGCACGAGCUUUUUAGGGCGGUGGCCAACACAAAACCACUGUCAAAAGUUUUGAGUAUGCGUGAAGCUGUUCAAGAGCUUCUGCGAACAGACCUGUCCUACUCGGGCGAGGUUGCAACUACGGUGCGUCCCUACGACAGAGGCCUGCUUUCGAUUCCGUCGUGUGGCAACCAAGCCGUUGUUUUGAGCGACGUGUUGGAUGAUGUUGGCUGCGAGACAAUCAGGGACCCUCAUCGCUGCAUGUUGUUGGACGAGGAAGGAAAGCUUCGUUUGAUUUUGGAUUGCAGAGAAACAAACAGGAUGUUCAGAAAGCCGCCUGUGUUGGCAGCCAGAACAGGAGCUUCUUGGUCUCAGAUCAGGAUCCCCGACGGGGAACAGUUGUUUGUUGCACAGUCUGACAUUAAGGACUAUUUUUACAGCUUGCAGUUGCCGGUAGAUCUCAGAGCAUUGUUUAGCAUGCCACCUAUCCCUGGUGCCCUGCUCCGACAUUGGAAGGUGAGUGCAGAACUCGGUGGAUCCUUGAACACGGACGACUGGGUGCAUCCAAUGCUACGAGUGGUGCCCAUGGGGUGGUCGUGGGCGAUGUGGCUGUCACAAAGGGUGCAUCAGCAUCAAUCGCAAUUGGGGGCUGGGGUAUCUUGUGAUAGAGUUUUGGUGGAUGGAAAACCGGCGCCAAGCCUCAGCAAUGGCGAGGUACUUCUGCUGCCCUAUGCCGACAAUUUGAACGUCUGUGGCAUCAAUGCAGAGGCAGUGCAAAGAGCGAAAGACAGAGCAGUUGCAAGGUUGAGACAAGUCGGACUGACAGUACAUGAAGAGAUGGAUGCAAACAACACCUCACAAUCUUUGGGAUACAUGAUCGAUGGAGCAGUUGGCCAGGUGACACCUAUUCCAGAACGACUUCAUCGAGUUCAGCUGGCCUUCAAAUGGCUCUCCCGCAGGCCCCGAGUCACGGGAAGAGCUGUGCAGAGGUUGUUGGGACACGCAGUACAUUUCAUGAUGCUGAGGAGAGAGUUGUUGAGCAUUCCACAUCAUUUGUAUGCUUUCGUGCAACAAGCAAAUGGUCGAUGCAGGUUGUGGUGCAGUGCGGCAGUUGAAGCCAGAUGGAUUGGCGAACUCUUGCCUCUCUGUGCAACGGACCUGAGAAAACAGACUAGUGCAUUGUUGACAGCUUCGGACGCUUCGUUGUCGGGGGUUGCAGUUUGUACUAGAUUAGCAGAUGAGCAGUCAGUCAAAACUAUCGGUAGCUACAGGGAACGUUGGCGCUUCAAGGGCCGCAAUCCGGUGAAUCGACCUCGGCAGAACGCUUUAGGGGUUUUGGACCCGUUUUCGGACAUUGCUAGCGUAAAACCGGUUGGACAUGUCAGGGAUGACCCAUUUGAGCUGGACAACCAAUUCCCCGAGGUGCCCAAAAAUUUGUUGGAAAACAGUGACUGGUCUUUGCGGUUCUCUCAACGCAUGGUUUACAAGGAACAUAUCACAUUGCUUGAGGGAAGAGGCAUUGUUGCAACACUUCGACAUAAAUUUCGGAGCAUUCGUCAUUUUCAUCAACACCAUGUUCAUUUGGCAGAUAAUCUUGGCAUGGUUUUGGCUGUUGACAAGGGUAGAAGCUCUGCCCCUCAAAUGUUGAGGGGAAAACUUCUUCCAGCAAGCAAACCUCAGAGCACUGGCCAAAAGAGGAAACCAGUGCAAGUGGGUUGGAGCAACAGACAGUCCCUGCGCAAUCAGUUGCAGGGAAACAACAGAGAAGAAAGGGCAGACAAGCGACAGAAAUACAAAGAGACAGUGAGCCAGAUUCCUCGUUUUCAGGGUCAGUCUUUUCUUGAGAUGAAUGCAGUUUCAGAGGAGGUGGCCUCGGACUACAGGAUUCGCAUGGCUCGUUUCAAGGCAUUUGCCAAGCUGGAGCAGAUCUCUCUCCGAGGUCAAAAGAACUUGGACAAUGCAUUGAGCGCCUAUCUCAACGAGAUGUUCGAAGAUGGGGAAGACAUAGGGGAAGCCACAAAAACCCUCGCAGCAGUGGUGGACAGCGUCCCCGACUGCACCCAAAAGGGGAGCCUCCCACGCUCCCGCAGAUGCUUGCAAGGAUGGAACAGGUUGGACCCAGGGUCCACAAGGCCUCCAAUACCUUGGGAGCUGGUGGCCGCAAUCGUGAAUUUCAUGCUGGGAAGACAACAGAUCAACGAAGGGCUUCUGGUGUUGCUGAUGUUCGACGCCUACCUCAGACCGGGCGAGGCAAUCAGCCUCCAUCGGAGCGAUCUGGUGGAGCCUACGGUGCAGCAUCCAGUGUUUUGCCUAAACCUCAAUCCCUCCGAAAGGGGCGCCAGCUCGAAGACGGGGCUUUCAGACGAAACAAUAGUCCUGGACGGAAGGGAAACACCAUGGAUGGGCUUGCUGCUCCGCAGACACCUGGAGAGCCACAAGGCACAAAAGUUGUUUCCAAUAGAGUAUCGGCAGCUCAAAGACGCUUGGCAAAAGGCUCUUGUCGGCUUGCAGUUGUCGAGCAAACAUUGUGUGCUUUAUCAGUUGAGGCACUCAGGGCCUUCGCACGACAGGAUGACCAAGGCAAGGAGCCUCGGGGACAUCAAGAAGCGUGGCAGAUGGUUGAGCGACUCUUCGGUUCGGCGCUACGAGGCAGCAGCGCGUUUAAACCAGGAGUUUCAGAAGUUGCCCAGGCCAGUUCAGACAAAGGCUUUAGCUGCUCCUCAACUCCUACAACAGUGGGUCCAAAGCUUUUUCAGCCGGAAAAGAAGAAGGAUCUGA